AAGAUAUCAUAGAUGAUAUAGAAGAUGAAGGUUUAGAUCCUAUUCCUUUAAAUAAUGAUGAUGUUUCAAAUAAUAAUGAUGAAAAUAAACUUGAUCAAGAUGAUAAAGACAUUACUUUCAACAUUGUAGAUGGUUUACCAAAUAAACUUAAAAAUAAGAAGAAUAGUUAUCAAAAGAUGAUCCCAGCCAGAUAUGAUGAAUCAGAGAAUCAAGAUUAUCCUAAAAAUGAUUAUUCUAAUUAUACUUAUAUGAGAAAUAAGACUCAUUUCACUUAUGAUGAUGUUGUUGGAUCACUAACAGAUGAAGAACGUGAUGAUAUUAAUAAGACUCAAUUAUUAGAAAUGAAUACAAAUGAAAGUUUGGAUUCUUCUUGCGGUACAUGGCAAGAUAAUUACUCGAUGUUACAUGAAAAAAUCUUAUCAGGAAAUGAAGCGCAAAGAUAUGUUAGUUAUAUUUGUGAUGACAAAAAUAAUUGUGGAGGAUUAUCUGACAGAAUUCUUGGAAUGACAUCCGCAUUUGUAUUCGCUUUACUUACAAACCGAGCGUUCCUUGCAGAUUGGCAAAUUCCUUUUCCACUUGAAACUAUUUUUAGUUCACCAAAUAUUGAUUGGAGUCAUGAUUCAUUAAAUCCAUCAUCUAAUAUUAGAGAACUUGAGACAAGUGAGAUCAAUGUUAUUGAUUUCGAUGCAAAAAAUUUAGAUCAACAAUUCAUGCUUUCUAAUUGGACAACAAAAUAUCCAAGUCCUUUUAUAAAGUUUUAUUCAAAUCGUGGAAUGAUUAUAAGAUCUUUUGAUUCAAAAUAUUAUUCACAAUCAUUAAAAGAUAUGGGUUUAAGGCCACAUACAACAUUUGGUUGUGUUGUUGAUUAUUUAUUCCGACCUGCACCUUCUGCUCUAUCAUUUAUAACUCAAUAUACAUCAUUAUUUGCUCUUCCAAGUAUAUUUACGGUUGGAAUACAAAUUAAUGCUCAGAAUGGUUUCACUUCAUUACAAGAUUAUAAUCAUUAUUUUAAUUGCGCAGAUCAACUUACGCAGACUUAUGCUGCACUUAAUCAAAAAGUUAUUUAUUAUCUUGUAACGGAUUCAUCAGAAUUAAGAAAUGAAGCAGUACAAAAAUUUGAACAUUUGGUUGUUUCCGGUUUACCCACCGAUUCAAAUCUUGAUAAUCUUGAUAAUCCUGAUAAUGUAAUCAAUGCUAUGAUUGAAAGUUGGAUUUUUAGUAAAACUGAUUAUAGAAUAAUUUCAUCAGGAAAUUAUGGUAAAUUGUCAGCUUUUUAUUCAAAACAACUUCACACCACAGUUUCCAUAGGCAAUGAUAACCAAGCUUUAGAUUGUUCAAAAGAGGACACAUUUAUAACAUUUAUUAAAUUGGCAAGUGAAUCUUCAUUGGGAUAAUUUCUUUCAUCAUUAUUAUUACAUUAUUAUUAUUACAUUAUUAUUAUUUGU